AUGUCAGACAUGUCAGAUGAUGAGUUUCAGCCUCUUGAACCCACCCUUCAAAACAUUUUAGACCAAAACUCUCUCCACUGGAUUUUCGUUGGUGGUAAAGGUGGUGUAGGUAAAACCACAACUUCUUGUUCUUUAGCUGUUCAAUUGUCUAAAGUUCGCGACUCCGUUUUGUUGAUCUCAACUGACCCUGCUCAUAACUUGUCUGACGCGUUUGGACAAAAGUUUUCCAAGGAAGCUACACUUGUUAAUGGCUUUAAUAAUCUUUAUGCAAUGGAAAUUGACCCUACUUCAAGUAUUCAGGAAAUGAUUGAACAAUCUGAUCAAAAUAAUCCAAUGGGAAGCAUGAUGCAAGAUUUAGCUUAUGCCAUUCCCGGUGUAGAUGAAGCAAUGGGCUUUGCAGAAGUUAUGAAGCAAGUAAAAACUAUGUCAUACUCUGUUGUUGUCUUUGAUACUGCACCUACUGGCCAUACACUUCGUUUCUUAUCUUUCCCUACAGUACUUGAAAAGGCUUUAGCCAAGAUUAGUGGGCUUAGUAGUCGUUUCGGACCUAUGGUUCAACAAGUAUCUGGUAUGAUGGGUAUGAACGCAAAUCAAGAAGAUAUGUUUUCUAAACUUGAAGAAAUGCGUUCAGUUAUUACUGAAGUUAAUAAUCAAUUUAAAGAUCCAAAUACAACUACUUUUGUUUGUGUUUGUAUUUCUGAAUUUUUAUCCUUGUACGAAACUGAACGUAUGAUUCAAGAAUUAACUUCUUAUCAUAUUGAUACACACAAUAUUGUUGUUAAUCAAUUGUUAUUCCCAAAAGAAGGUUCUAAUUGUGAGCAUUGUACUGUUCGUCAUAAAAUGCAACAAAAGUAUUUGGACCAAAUUUAUGACCUUUAUGAAGACUUCCAUAUUAAUCCUCAAGCAGGAGAUAAGUUUAAGGAAAUGUCUCAUGCUUAUGAAGUCUUAUCUGAUGUUGAAAAAAGACGAAUUUAUGAUUCGUAUGGUGAAAAAGGAUUGAAUAGUCAACAACAAGGUGGAAUGAAUGCCGAAGAUCUCUUUUCUCAAUUAUUUGGCGGAGGAGGGUUGUUUGGCGGAGUAGGUGGUGGUGGUGGUCAACGUGCAGGACCUCGUCGUGGAAAGGAUAUGGUACAUCAACUCAAAGUCACUCUUGAAGACCUCUACGUUGGAAAGACAAGUAAAUUAGCCCUUCAAAAGAAUAUUAUUUGUAACACAUGUGAAGGUAAAGGAGGAAAGAACGGUGCGGUACAGGUCUGUAAAGGGUGUCGUGGUCAAGGUACACGUAUUAUCAUGCGUCAGAUGGGUCCCAUGAUUCAACAAAUACAACAAACAUGUCCUGAGUGUCAAGGUAGUGGUGAAAUUAUCAAUGAAAAAGACCGCUGUACUCAAUGUAUGGGUAAAAAAAUAGUGAAUGAACGAAAGAUUCUGGAGGUAAAUGUAGAGCGUGGUAUGCGUGGAGGUCAAAAGAUUGUAUUUUCUGGUGAAGGAGAUCAAGCACCUGGCAUUAUUCCUGGUGAUAUUAUCAUUAUUUUGGAUGAAAAGCCUCAUCCUUAUUUUACUCGUCAAGGUGAUGAUUUGGUCUAUAAGGCUAAUAUUGAUCUUUUAUCUGCUUUGGCAGGAGGUCAGUUUGCAAUACCUCAUCUUGAUGAUCGUGUUCUUUUAGUGACUAUUUUACCUGGUGAGGUGAUUACACCAAACAGUGUUAAGCUCUUGACAGGACAGGGUAUGCCUAUCUAUCGUAUUGAUAAUUAUGGUAAUAUCAUUCUAAACUUCACAGUCGAAUUCCCUUCAUCCAACUGGACAAACCCAGAGAAUUUAUUACAAUUAGAGCAUAUUUUACCUCCUCGUCAUUCUGUACCUGACAUUGAGAAGACUACUCCUAAUAAGCAUAUUGACGAAGUAGUUUUAGAAGAUGCUGAUAGUUAUCAAGGAAAGUCUAAUGCCAAUAAUGUAUACGAAGAAGAUGAGGAACAUAUGCGUUCAGGUCCUGGUGUGCAAUGUGCUCAUCAAUAA